CCGAGGGUGACUGGACUUGCGGUGGGCUUGGAGGCGCGGCUGGUUGUAUUAGCUGGAUACCGGAGGGCGGAAGUGCAGCAGGGGCUCGAUUCGGGCCUCCGCGCCGAUACUUUCUGAGGCUGCGCGGGCUGUAGGAGCUCCUGGUUCGUCCGCCUCCGUGGGGCUGUGUAUUUGGGAACCCGCCCCGCCAGCGCCUGGGACCUGGUUGCCUCCACCGGUGCGGGAAGCCGUGGGAGCAACCGGCACUUCGGUUUGACUUUGGUUGAAAAAAGAAUUUAGCCUAUAUGUGCUGCUUUAACCACUGGAAGAAUGACAGAUGACAAAGAUGUGCUUCGAGAUGUGUGGUUUGGACGAAUUCCAACUUGCUUCACACUGUACCAGGAUGAGAUAACUGAAAGAGAAGCAGAACCAUAUUAUUUGCUUUUGCCAAGAGUAAGUUAUUUGACGUUGGUAACUGACAAAGUGAAAAAGCACUUUCAGAAGGUUAUGAGACAAGAAGACAUUAGUGAGAUAUGGUUUGAAUAUGAAGGCACACCACUGAAAUGGCAUUAUCCAAUUGGUUUGCUAUUUGAUCUUCUUGCAUCAAGUUCUGCUCUUCCUUGGAACAUCACAGUACAUUUUAAGAGUUUUCCAGAAAAGGACCUUCUGCACUGUCCAUCUAAGGAUGCAAUUGAAGCUCAUUUUAUGUCUUGUAUGAAAGAAGCUGAUGCUUUAAAGCAUAAAAGUCAAGUAAUCAAUGAAAUGCAGAAAAAAGAUCAUAAACAGCUCUGGAUGGGAUUACAAAAUGACAGAUUUGACCAGUUUUGGGCUAUCAAUCGGAAACUCAUGGAAUAUCCUGCAGAAGAAAAUGGAUUUCGUUACAUCCCUUUUAGAAUAUAUCAGACAACAACUGAACGACCUUUCAUUCAGAAACUGUUUCGUCCUGUGGCUGCAGAUGGACAGUUGCAUACACUAGGAGAUCUCCUCAAAGAAGUUUGUCCUUCUGCAAUUGCUCCUGAAGAUGGGGAAAAAAAAAAUCAAGUGAUGAUUCAUGGAAUAGAACCAAUGAUGGAAACACCUCUGCAGUGGCUGAGUGAACAUCUGAGCUAUCCGGAUAAUUUUCUUCAUAUCAGUAUCAUCCCUCCACCAAUAGAUUGAAGGAUCAAAACAGUUCGCUUGAGUGGAAUCAUCCUUAAACAGGGCUUAUCAGAGCAUGUCACCCUUCUGCUUCAUUCAGAUUUGGUGGAGGCAGUCUGACCAGAAACACUUCUCUGCUGCAAGCCCAACAGGAAAAAGAUUCCAUGUCAGAUAAGGGCAGUUGGGCUGGUCUUACUUUGCAUCACCACUGCUUUCCUCCACUGCCGUCAUUAAACCUCAGCUGCGACAUGAAAGACUUUACAGGUCCACUGCAAGUCUUCUGUUUUCUUGUAAAAUAUAAUGAAGCUGAAACCUUCGACCUAAGAAGAAAAUGGAAAUAUGUGCCACUCAGUUUGUAUUUCUGAUUAACAAAUAAACAGGGGUAUUUCCUAAGGUGACCGUGUUUGAACUUUAGCUCGAGAAAGUGGAAACAUUGGUUUAAUUUUCAAGAGAAUUAGACUUAAGAAAGUAAAAGAGAAAUUCUGUUAUCAAUAACUUGCAGUAAUUUUUUUGUAACAGAUCAAAUUACAGUAAACCCAUCUUUCCUUAAUGAAAAUUUCCUAUGUUUACAGUCUGUUGGUAUGCAAACAAUCUUGUAAUUUUGAUAAUGAACAGUGAGAGUUUUAAAUAAAACCUCUAAAUGUGUUUUUUCAUUUAGUAACAUACAAUUUUAUCACUUUUCAAGUACUUUCUGAGUCAUGAACAGAUCACUGGUUUUACUUUAUAUGUUACAAUUUAGACAGGCUAUCAUUGACACGGGAUGGAUGGAAAUCAUAGGAUAACUUCACUCAGGAGCUGUCAUAGGAUUUCUUGCUGCCAGUUUUCAAAUCUGUGUUCUUUACAUGCUAAAAGUAUAAAUAAUGUUACAGCUUAUCUGUGCUGUUUUGUUUAUCACUAUAAACCUGUCAAAUCAUAGUAUGCUAAGCUUCCGUAAGAGAUAAUUUUGCACAUUUGGAAAAACCCAUUCCUUUUCAAGCUAGUGUUUUUCAUUGGCUCCAGGUCUAAUAUCUCACAAUGUAGUCCUGGCAGCCAGGCUUUGAAGUUUGAAGAUGACCUAUCUCUUGACUGCAGUAGCUUUUCCUUAAGUUUACCAAAAAUAUUCAGAGUUACUGGAGUUCUUAUUCAAUAUAAGGAAAUUUUUGCUGCACUUUAUUACCAAGCUGCUGGAAUUCUACCAGCUGAACAUAUUUGUGCAUCACAGUAUGUUUUUUGUUAGCUAGCUUGCUGUCCAUAUUGAAUGUUGACCCAUUUAGGUAUACUAAAAGGCUUAGAGUAUCACACAAUAAUGGUUUUAGAUUCCAUAAUAAAAAUGAACAUCCUCCUAUAAAAAUUAUACAAAUGUUGAUGUGUGUUCCCACUAGUGCUCAUUGUUUCCUUUUCUUUUUCCUUUUGUAAUUUUCACUGAUGAGUAGCAAAUUUAUUCACACAAAGAGAGAAAGUUGUACUUGGCCAAAGAGCAAAUAUUCUGCAAUAGAAAUUACAAGGCACAAUCAAAAAGAAAACUACAUGGUACCAGUAUGAUCGGAGAAAAAGAGAAGCAAGUGAAAAUAAGUGGCUGGUGUAAAUAUAUGAAAAAGUGGCAUUUUAGUUAAGGCAGGAAAAAAUAACAAUAUUUGGGUUACUUAAGGAUAAAAAAACUACUGACUUGUAUUUUUGCAAAAGAAGUUGAUCUGAAUAUGAUUGUUCACAUUAAAAGUAUUUAUUCUUCUAUCAGUUUGGGGAUUUUCCCUGCUCGAUGUUUUGACAGACUGAAGUCAGCUUCAGUGAGCAAAAGGAUCACUCUGAUGAAGAAAGUGCGGUAAGAAUGGUAAGCCAUAGUAAUUCUCCACAGAUGAGACCAAUGUUAAGGUCUCUGUAGUGGACUUAGUAUUUAUUUCCGGAUUUGAAAGUAAAUUUUAUCAAGUCAUUGCCCAUUUUUUCUUAUUCAUUAUUACACCAGCAUCUUAACUUUAGUACUUUACUGUAGUCCUCUAGUACCAGGUAAGUCAAGCCUCCAACACCCAGCAGAAGAAUAAAAACACAAAUCAGUGCUUGUCUUAAAUAUCUAUUUUUGUUUCUUUUUAUUUGAAUAUUUAAAUUUUAUGGUUUAUUAAAAAAAUUAAAUAAA